GAACACCAAGAAACCAUCAAAUUUAAAACAUAAUUCAAGCUAGACAGACGCACCACACUGUCAAGCCCUUUUUCCAUUAAUCUUUUUCGGAAUUUGUGACAAUUUGUAAACAAAUAAAAUUAUUGCUGUGUUUUGUUGGUGUUUUAACGUAAGACUAAACUACAUCGAAAAAAAGCAAAAGCAAAUAAAAAACCCGAACCAAAAAAAAAAAGUUCCAAAACGACAUUCAAGAAAGGGAAGAAACUGCGACGACGUCCAAGUGUCGAUUUUUUUUUGUUUAGCUUGUUCAUCUUACAAAAUUGGCAUUUUUGGUUUUAUUAUUCGUGUGUUAAAUUAAGUGUUUUGCGGAAGAAAUAUUUUUCCGAUUUUUCAGUGCAUUUUUCGUUUAUUUUUGGGUAUCCAACGCAGACGUGAGCAACAGAGACACCUCAACAACAAUCAUAUUCGAAUGAAAAGUGAAUUAUUUUGAGAAAAUUCCUAUUUUUAUCAAACUCAUUUUAAUGAGUCAAAUGAAUUUCGACGGAGUGUGGUGUAUGUGUUGAAUGUAUUGUGUAUUUUGUUACAGCAGAGCAAUCGGUCGGGUGUUUUUCCUUUGAGUAAAUGAUUUUCGAUUUUGUGUGGAAAAUUAUCUUAAGUGUUGCUAAACCGUGUUUUGAUUAAGUAAUUGACUCCAAAGAGAAAAGUGUUUAAUCAGAAAGGAUCAUCGAUAAUAUGUUUUCGUGGAGAUGCAGACAUCUAAUUGGAAUAUAAAAUGCAUCAAAUUCAACUUGCAAAAAUCAAAAUUCUAAUAGCUUAGUCAUCGGAAUAUUGUUCAUCUUUGAUCGAACAAAAAUGCAAGAAAACAGUAUAUCAGCGCCAAAUGCAAAUGGUAUCGACCAAGCACAGUUUGAGGCAGACAAACGAGCUGUAUAUAAACAUCCUUUGUUUUCGCUGCUGGCACUAAUGCUGGAAAAAUGUGAACAAGCGACACAAGGCUACGUACCCUCAAAUGCAUCUUCGUCUAGUCCGAAUGGUUCGUCAAAUGGAAAUAACUGCGAAGGCGACAGCUUUUCCAGGGACAUUCAAGCGUUUGUGCAAUUAUUAGAGAAAGAAAAACGACCGUUGCUCACCAACAAUGCCGAAUUAGAUGGAUUAAUGAUAAAAGCUUUGCAAGUUCUGCGGAUACAUCUGUUGGAGUUGGAGAAGGUUCAAGAACUGUGUAGAGACUUCUGCACGAGGUACAUAGCCUGUUUACGUGGGAAAAUGCAAUCAGAGAACCUUCUGCGGUCCGAUUAUCCUUUAGAGCACAAUAACAAUUUAUCGAACUCGAAUAGUCCUGUUAACAGUCCCGAACAGGAGUCUCUAGUGCAGCAGGGUCCAUAUUUUGGCAAUGCAGAUUUCCUCUCAGCAACAGAGGGAAAUGACUUCAGUAGUAUUCAAGGAGCCUACAACAUACAAAACAGUAAUAGUACGCCGGAAAAUAGUUUCAACGGAAGCAGUGAUAUAUCUGUUAUUCCACCAGUGUUACCGGUUACUAUACCACAGACUACGUCUCCGCAGCAACUGCAACAACCUUCCAUAUUGUCUUCGCAGAUUUUAGGAUCAACUCCAUUAAGCCAAAUUGGAUGUCCACCCCUUCCAUUAGAUCAGUAUUCGAAUCAACUUUCACCGUGUGGCAGUUCCGAUGAAAUGGAUUCGGAACUUGACUCAAACAAUGACGAUCUAAGUUCGAAUUUUUCAAAUAAUUCCGGAUCGAAGAGACAGAAACGCGGCAUUCUUCCAAAACAAGCUACCAGUGUCAUGAGGGCAUGGCUUUUUCAACAUUUAGUUCAUCCCUAUCCAACUGAAGACGAGAAACGUGCAAUAGCGGCUCAAACAAAUUUAACAUUGCUGCAGGUCAACAACUGGUUCAUAAAUGCUAGACGUAGAAUUCUGCAACCAAUGCUCGAACAUGCCAGCGACAAUAAUCAGAACUCAGCUCGCAAAAAAUCGUCACAACAACAGACGCCUUCGAAGCGCUUUUGGACCGACAGCGCUUCGUCACCGAUCAUGAAUCCAGCUCUCAUCGAUCCGAACAUUGAAAAUAUUAGCGUGAACGUGAAUCGAGCCGAAUCCGAUCGAUUGUCUGCGCAUAAGUUGGCCGAAAGUUAUUUUAGUUCCGACGAAAGCAAUGACAGCCUAGUCAUCGAUCAUGAUUCUUAAAUUCGCCAUGUCGUCGACAUGUAGAAUUGUGCGGUGAGGAGAUUUUCGUUCUAGAAGUGAAAUGGCAAGUGGAGAGUGUAGGUCGUACAUCAAUCAUCGGCUUUGAUCUUUGUCAAGAUUCAUUUUGAGGUCUGACUAUCGAUGAAAAUUUGAAAAAGUUUGGGAUCGCUACUGAGUGCUGCUGCUGUAAGUACGUUGUAAUUUCCCAAUUAUUAUUUUGAACGAUAACGAGCCUAGAUACAGUCCAUCUUAGGUUAAUUACAUUGAUGUACUCUAUAUGUGCGAACAUUCUGCACAUUCUCGAACGCCUGGUUGGUAAGCGUAGGAACGGUCAAUAUUUUCAAAUGAUAAUUCAGACCGGGUGCAAAGUGUUGCUUUCAAUCCAACGUUUUUUAGCACUUACACUCGAGCAACCGCAGUAUUUUUAGAAGCUCUCACGACUUACAGAAACACCAUUAAGAUUCUAUUGCCAAAAAACAAAUUAACGAAACGAAGAGAGAUAUGAAAACACAACGCAAAAUUUACUGACUAAGGAACUAAGUUCUCUUGGAUGUGCCAUAAAACUACCUACUUAUAGUCACUAAAAAUUAAUUGGAAAGAAGAGAAAUUUAUUGAUUAUAACGAGGAGAAAUGCUUGAACCAAUUGAACACUAAAAUUAUUAUCAGAUGACUAAA